AUAACGCAAAGUCGCUGAACGCAUCGUGUUGGGCUUUAAAAAUGAGAACUUCGCACGUGCAAGUAAAUAGAUAAUUAUAACUCUUACGAUUACUGCCACAGCGUUGCCGGAUCACAUCCACUAUGGCCACGAGCAUUGAUCUACCCCGGAUCAAACAGCAAAGUUGGCACACGACGACGAAAUAUGGCCCGUCCAAUAUAUUGACAUACAAUAUCGCCCUCGGGGCCAGUGGGAGAGAUCUAAGUCGCAGCUUCGAGGGUCAUCCAAAGUUUCACGCGCUGCCAACAUUCGGUGCGAUACCAGUCAUUGCAAUCAUGGGAGAGGUGACCAAGUCGAUGUCUCAAUUCCUACCUAACUUCAAGCCUUGGAAUCACGUCCACGGCGAGCAUUACCUAGAACUGUAUCGACCAUUUCCAGCCAGGGAGACCACAUUACAAACGACGGCUAAGAUUGUCGACAUCGUCGAUCGACGGAGCGGGGUGACGGUGUGCGUCGGCAUCACAACCACCGAUGCGGCAGAUGGGGAGAAGAUAUGCUACAACGAGUGGACGAGCUUCGUCAUGAAGGUGCCUGGCGCAGGGGCGUCGACAAAAGUCGUUCCCAGAGGAUCGGCAACGGCGUCGUAUCCAGCGCCGAAGCGAGCGCCUGACGCGGUUGUGAAGGAGAAAACCACGCCUGAGCAAGGCGCUCUGUAUCGAGCGGCCUCGGGAGACCUGAAUCCUCUGCACAUUGAUCCGGCCGUGGCCAAGGCUGGAGGGUUCGAGGGCCCGAUUUUGACCGGCACCUGCACGAUCGGAAUAGGCGUCAAGCACGUCAUCGACACGUUUGGGAACGGAGACUCGUCGAGAUUCAAGAGCGUCAAACUUAGGCUGAGCAAGCCCGUGUAUCCCGGAGAAGUGAUUCGAACGGAAAUGUGGCAGGAAGACGGUGGGAGCCGAAUUGUCUACCGGCAGCUGGCUGGAAACGAGGGCAAGGUGGUAAUCUCGAACGCAGCGGUGGAAUUGAAGGAAGCGGGUUCAUCUCGUCUGUGAUGUUAGGACGAGGAGGGGGCGAUGUUCCUUCGAAUGUAAACAGCAGUCAAACUCACUAGGAGAAGAAAGGAGUCUUCAUGUCAAGCUCGCGUCCGAAGUGAA